GCGCGCGGGAGAGGACGGUUCUUUGGAACGUUGGCUCCGUUUUCGCUUCCCAGCGGGGGCCUUGCGAUGGCGCUACCCCGGUUGUUGUUUCUUUGGGCGACGGUGGCGGCAGUUGCUGCUGCAUCCCGGCCCCCGUGGGACUCGAUUGCCCGUUUGCAGCCGGGGACGAACGAUGCACGGCAGGCUGUGGCGGUGCGGGAGCUGCUGGAGCGGCUGCUGGGCCCGAGGGCUGCCUCCGCCUUCUCGGUGUCGGUCAACCGGUCUUUGGCCGGGCCCGGCGGGCUUGACACCUACCGGCUGAGCUCGAGGGCUCCGGGCGUUGUAAACGUAGCUGGAUCCAGCGGCGUUGCCGCCGCCUCGGGAAUCUACCAGUACCUAAAGGACUACUGCGGCUGCCAUGUCUCCUGGUCUGGGAAGCAGCUCCGACUGCCGGAUAGCCUGCCGCCGGUACCCACUGAGAUCAUCGUCACCAGCCCCAACAGGUGAUUCGAUGGCGAAGGAGGAGAGCAAAGGAUUUUGUGUUCCCUGUUUGCACGUGGGAAGUUUUUUUUAAAAAAAAUUCUCUGAGCAUGUCCAGAAAACAGAGCUCUGUUCCAAUUAAAUUUGCCUCUGGUCUUAUUGGACUCGAAACUUUGAGCCUUUGAACAGCUUCAGGUAAAAAUGAAAUCCAACAGGUGCAGCUUUCCUUGAUGCAGUGACCGGGAAAGAUGUACUUGUUGAAUUUCUGACUGUUAAGUAGUUGUUUAAGGCACAGAGUGUCUUGUCAUCCACAACAUGGCAAUCCUAGUUCCAGCUUUGAUUGAAGUGAGGGAGGGGAGAGAGUACCUCUGAGCAUGCAGAGAGUGACUUCUCCCUCCGCUUGUAUAUCUUUGCUACAUAAAUUUGUUGUUGUUGCUGUUUAGUCGUUUAGUCGUGUCCGACUCUUCGUGACCCCAUGGACCAGAGCACGCCAGGCACUUCUGUUUUCCACUGCCUCCUGCAGUUUGGUCAAACUCAUGCUGGUAACUUCGAGAACACUAUCCAACCAUCUCGCCCUCUGUCGUCCCCUUCUCAUUGUGCCCUCCAUCUUUCCCAACAUCAGGGUCUUUUCCAGGGAGUCUUCUCUUCUCAUGAGGUGGCCAAAGUAUUGGAGCCUCAGCUUCAGGAUCUGUCCUUCCAGUGAGCACUCAGGGCUGAUUUCCUUAAAAAUAGAUAGGUUUGAUCUUCUUGCAGUCCAUGGGACUCUCAAGAGUCUCCUCCAGCACCAUAAUUCAAAAGCAUCAAUUCUUCGGCGAUCAGUCUUCUUUAUGGUCCAGCUUUCACUUCCAUACAUCCCUACUCGGAAAACCAUAGCUUUUACUAUACGGACCUUUGUUGGCAAGGUGGUGUCUCUACUUUUUAAGAUGCUGUCUAGGUUUGUCACUGCUUUUCAAGGUCUACUUCACAGGGGCAUUGGAGUUUCAGGUUCUGCUUUUUCAAACAAACUGUAUGUGCUGGGGGGCGUAUCUUUAAAGAAAUAGAAAUAUGGCAUAGCUGCCUUGUAUUUCACCAGACCAUUGGUCCUUCUAGCUCAGCAUUGUCUACAUAGAUUGGCUGCAGCUUUCCAGGCUUUCAGAUGAGACAUUCCUAGGCCUACCUGGGGAUGCAGAGAGGUUGGUACCUGGGAGCAUUUGCAUGCAAAGCAGAUGCUCUACCAAGCUACCACUGAGCUGCAACUGCAUUUUGUACACUUUACCCCAUCUGCUAAACCUCUUUUUCAAGGCAGUGUUUACAGGUGUCAAAUACUGCAACCUAGAUAUAAAAUUGAUCUGUUAGAAAACCUACAUUUUUUAAAGGGGGAAGGAACACACAACCCUUUUUUCUAUUCCCAGCUGUUCCCAUUAUGAAAGAGAACCUUGCUUGCCACUUGCCGAAAAUAAUUGGGCGGUGCUGAUUAAACAUUUUAGAAAGAAAAGCAUGUGGCCCAGUUCUCCUUGGGGCCAUACCCAGGCUGUGUGUGUUUGAAUUGUUUUGCUCUGACAUAAGAAAGAAAAGAAGUCCUUCCCCAGGAAAGUGCUCUCUUCCUUCUUAUCCUAGCUCAAUUUCCAUAAUUUUCCUCCUUAGUCUCCAUCCACAAUGGGGCAGGGGGGGGCGGGGCAGGAAGAAAUCCUAAAUAUGUGUACACAGUAGUUAUGUUUGCUUGUUCUUCUUUGUUCUCUUGUUUUCCUUCCUGUCUUGUCUUCCCAUUGCAUGCACUCGCCUAAAUUUUAAUAAUACUUAGCAAUUACAGUAUAAAGCACUAAUGACAAAAGUGCUUCACAGACAUGAUCUUAGUAAUUACGACAAACCAGUAAGGUAGGUCGGGAUUAGCAUCCCCUUAGAGCAGGUAUGGAGAGCUCUGGUCUCCCAAAUGUUGAACUACGACUCUCAUCAUGCCAUGGUCAUGCUUGCUAAGGGCUGCUGUAGUUCAUCUGGAGGGCUGCAGGUUCUCCACACCUACCUUUGAGAAAAAUGCUGGAGCUAUGAAAAAGUGGCUUGACUAAGCUUCUUAUUGGGUUUCUGGAGGAAGUUUUUAAGUAAUAAUAAAAAAAAACCUGAUGACUUUCUGUUCACUUCUCUCAGCCACCACCCUACACUAGGUCUUGAUAGAAGAGUUCACACAAGCCCCCCCACGUGCUGAAAGCACAUGUCAGGGAGUCAUAGCAUGGUACCACCAUGAUGUACACACUGGUUAACUGUGUGAAGGGGUUGUCGCCAGUGCAUGUGUUGUGUUUGGGGGGUGGGUAGCCAUCACAACUGCACGGACCCCUCGUGUGUCCUUUCAGUAUCAUGUCCUUAAAAUCUGCAGUUUUCUGCAUGUUGCUAGACUACAGAUCCCAUCAUCCCUGACUAAUGACCAUGCUGGCUGAGGCUGUUGGGAGUUGGGUGUGCAACAUCUGGAUUUAUUAGGUUGUAAAUUCACCAGGAACUCUCUCUCUCUCUCUCUCUCUCUCUCUCUCUCUCUCUCUCUCUUGCUCUCUUGCUUAAUGUUGCUGUCUCCAGCGCAGUGCACACUGAUGUCGCUAAACAUUAGUGAGGAAAGAACAGUCAUAAGUCACGCUCAAGCCACGAGUUUCCAAAGAGAAGAUAACAAUCAUCUUUCUGGUUUCUAAUGGAGUGGCUAUUAAAACAUACCUACAGGGAACAUGGAAAACUGCCUUUUACUGAGUCAGACCAUUGGUCCAUGUAGGUCAGUGCUGUCUGCCCUGGCUGGCAGAGUUUCAGACAAGGAACAUUCUCAGCCCUCUCUGAAGAUGCUGGGGACUGAGCCUGGGGACGUUCUACACGCAGAGCAGCUAUAGCUCUUCUACAUUCUCAUGAACUGCUCAGAAAUUUUUCAAUGCCUUGACCAGGCAUAAGCAAAGUCAGCCCUCCAGAUGUUUUGGAACUACAACUCCCAUCAUCCCUAGCUAACAGGACCAUUGGUCAGGGAUGAUGGGAAUUGUAGUCUCAAAACAUCUGGAGGGCUGACUUUGCCUAUGCCUGGCCUUGACCAUACCAAACCCAGAGACAACCUUGGGGUAUGUACACCCUAAGUCUGGAACAUGUUUUGUAAAGAAGGCAGCAGCAUCAGUUCUGUUUGUAGCGUGUUAGCUUAGUCUUAGCUGUGGAUGUUUCUAAAUCAGCAAAUCUAAAAUUAGAGAGGGGAGGAACCCCCCCCCCAUUUGUAGGGCAUCCUGUGUCCAUUACCUUGCCUGCUUUGAAUAGCAGUGGUAAGCAAAUUCUGACGACCAUUGAAGGAAAAAGUAUUGAGUAGGCCACGGAGGGCUGCCAAGCGGAUUUGGGGAGGGGGCUGCUUUUGCCCUUCCCUUUCUACACCGCUCGACUGGGUCCAGCAGUUCCAUCUGUGCAGUUGUGCUCCUUUGCGUGUUGGAUGUCACGUCAGUCGGGGUCCGUCGGUCCCGCUCUUUUAAAGAUCAGCUCAAUUAAUCUUGACACUCUUUUGUGGGCGGAAGGGGGAGGAUGACCCAGGGCCUCGUUAGAAGAGCUGUCCCUUGGCUUGUAGGCGGACAAAGGUCCUGGCGAGGACAGAGAGGUUGGCAGGGUGAGGAGAGUCUUUGCGUGACUGGAUUGUUUGUGCCGCUUGAAAAGGAAGAGGGCCCCCCCCCCGGGGCCCUAGGGAAACCCAAUUGGUGGAGGGAGGGGAUGACUCUAGAAUAGCUUCAACCUGAGGACUUGGCCCCUGAGCCAAGGCAGCUAAUCUCAAGCACUUGGGGACCGAUCAUAGCUGCGUUGUUUACAUAGCACACACCGCACUGUGGACUACAACUGCGUAGUUAGCAUCGCUCUAGCACUCCUGCCACCCAGUUUCUCAGCCCGCGCUGGACGAAAGUAAAUUCGGAACAGAGUCCUUGUGCGGUGGUACCUUUGUGUGUUGCAGCAGCGACGUGCUUGCAAGUGCAACUGACCUGUGCAAGGCCUUGUCCCACUAAGACUAAGACAAAUGUGUCCAUUUCAACUUGCUUACUUUUUCUUUUCUUUUUUUUCAAACUUGAGCCCCCAUUUCUGGAUCAGUGUGCAAUUUUUUCCCCUUUUAAAUCUCUGCCUGGAAAUUCCUUACACAUUUCUGAGGUACCUUUCUCCUAACGUGUUUGCAUAUUUGUGUGCGAUGUGCACGUUUUUGCAAGCACUUUCCCCUCUUGUAAUGUAGUUCUAUAUGCAUUUUUCAAUAAUAUAUUACUUUUUUGGGGGGGGGACACUCUUUUUGGUUGGAAAACACAAAAUGUGGGGAAGUGCAGGUUUCAAAGGAUUGCUGGUUCUCAGGAAGUGAUAAUUAGGAACGUCAGCAUUAAAAUGCAAACUGAGCAAAUUUAUUUCCCUCACCUAUCAGAUGUGGGUAAAGGAGGGAGUACUAUAACACUAAGUGCAACCUUACCUACAACUCCUCCUCACUGGCCUGGUACUAUUGCAAUUGCCAACCAUGGCUAUUUGGGAGACAAAACUACAACAGCGGCUGUAGACUAACCAAAGCACAAACAAAAGCUGCUAAAAGGUGGGGGAGGUGUAUAAAAAAGCAUUCUGCAACCUGUAUAAAUUAUGCAACUUUGCUGUUUGUUUGUUUGUUUGUUUAUUUAUUUAUUUUCCUCGAUUUUUAAAAAUAAUAUUUAUUAGUAGCACUAUUCAGCUUCUGCCAAUUUACUUUCCCUGACUACUGGCAAUCUGCCUUAAGAUAUUCCUCCCAGUGUCUGAUAUUUUAUUUUAGCAAGUGCUGCCCAGUGAAACUUGCCUUGACUUUGAGUCCAUGGUACCGCUUCCUUUCUUGAUCCCUCCUUUGUGGACCUACUUGUGCGCAUCUUGUUAUUCUCCUGCCUUCUCCCUCACUCCAGAACAGGAUUUUCUGGCCCCAGUACAUUAUAUGGCCCUCUGACUCAUAAAAGAGGACACAGGUUUAUAUCUGCGUUGUAUUAUAUGCAAAUAUGUGCCAUUGUUUGAAGGCAGGGUGGACGGCCCAAAAAGUAAAUAGGUGGCCACAUGUGUAAUAAAAUGUUUGACAGAAUGCAAAGUGGCAAUGCUUUCCCCAUAAUUGUAGUAGCAUACUAGAAAAUACUGAACCUAUUAAGUUCUGCCUGCUGCACAGCUGUUAAAGGCAAAAUAACUGUGCUUUUCCCCUAAACCAAAGCCUGGGAUACAUUGCUGCACCUACUUACCUGGGGGUAAGCCCCAUUAAACAUAAAGAGGCUUACUUGUAGAAAAAUGACUUCUAAGGAGUCGCUGAUCUCAGACAAGCCCAAGACAAGAAAGACAAACGAAUGGAUAGAUAAUAAACAGCUUGCAGGUGCUUAAGAGUUCCGUUGUUUUUUCUUCCCAGAUUCCGCUUCUACCAAAAUGUCUGCACCCAGAGCUACUCCUAUGUGUGGUGGAACUGGGAGCGCUGGGAACAGGAGAUCGACUGGAUGGCGCUCCACGGCAUCAACAUGGCGCUGGCAUUCACCGGGCAGGAGGCCGUCUGGCAGCGGGUGGAGUAUCUCGUUUAAACAGAAAAAAGAUUGAACCGUGAUAAUAUUUUAGAAGCACUUUUCAGACCGGAAGAAUGCCUGCCAAAGCAGCUGGUGGCAACUGAAGUUCAACAUCCCCCUUCUCUUGUUUCCAGGUAUAUUUGUCCCUGGGCCUGAACCAGUCAGAAAUUGACGAGUAUUUCACUGGACCGGCAUUUCUGGCUUGGAACCGGAUGGGGAACUUGCACACCUGGGCGGGGCCACUGCCCCUCUCGUGGCAACUGAAGCAGCUCUACUUGCAGGUACCUGGGCCUGAUUGUUGUGGUGGCAGCGGCGCUAGGCUUAUGCGUAUCGUGGAGGGUAAGGCUACUAGCCAUGGUGGGCUGAGUGCUACCUCCACCAUUUGUGGGAAUCUCAGGUGGGGAGAGUACUAUGGCACACAGCUCCUGCUCUUUCAGGUUUCUUGUAGGCAUCUGGUUGGCCACUGUGAGAACAGAUUGCUGGACUACCAGAGAGUUGGACUACAUCAGGGGUAGGCAACCUAAGGCCCGUGGCCCGGAUGCGGCCCAAUCGCCUUCUCAAUCCUGCCUACGGACGGUCCGGGAAUCACAUAAGGAGAAUAUGUCCUUUUAAUAAUAAUUUAUUAUUUAUACCCCGCCCAUCUGGCUGAGUUUCCCCAGCCCCAAUCGAGUGUUAAAAACAAUACAGCAUUAAAUAUUAAAAACUUCCCUAAACAGGGCUGCCUUCAGAUGUCUUUUAAAGAUAAGAUAGCUGCUUAUUUCCUUCACAUCUGAAGGGAGGGUGUUCCACAGGGUGGGCACCACUACCAAGAAGACCCUCUGCCUGGUUCCCUGUAACUUCAUUUCUCGCAAUGAGGGAACCGCCAGAAGGCCCUCGGUGCUGGAUAUCAGUGUCUGGGCUGAACGAUGGGGGUGGAGACGCUCCUUCAGGUAUACAGGACCGAGGCCUGUAUACCUGGGGCUUUAAAGGGCUUUAAAGGUCAGCACCAACACUUUGAAUUGUGCUCAGAAAUGUACUGGGAGCCAGUGAAGAUCUCUCAGGUCUUUUAUUUAAAAUGCAUCUCUGGGUUAUUUGUGGGGCCUGCCUGGUGUUUUUACAUGAGUAGAAUGUGUCCUUUAAUUUAAAAUGCGUCUCUGGGUUAUUUGUGGGGCAUCGGAAUUUGUUCAUUUCCCCCAAAAAAAUAUAGUCUGACCCACCACAUGGUCUGAGGGACAGUGGACCAGCCCACGGUUGAAAAAGGUUGCUGACCCCUGGAUUACAUGAUCCUCAGGGUCCCUUCCAUCUUUUUGAUUCUGUUAUAAGAAAAAAACUGCUCCUUUUCCCUUAUGGGAUAUUCCAGAGCCACUAUAGCAGGCUUCCUAAAACUCGGCCCUCCAGAUGUUUUGAGACUACAAUUCCCAUCAUCCCUGACCACUGGUCCUGCUAGCUAGGGAUCAUGGGAGUUGUAGGCCAGAAACAUCUGGAGGGCCGAAUUUGAGUAAGCUUGCCAUAUAGAGCCCUUAAGUGGGUUCCCUAUUGGUAGGAGAAAAUAACAGAGGCCAACCAGAGUAUAUUGAGAAGCAAAGCGGCUAGUAAGCCUGAUCUUUAUUAAAGGAACUGUUGCAACAGGGUCCCCACCCACCACAUGCAGGAGGGAAGAGAACCAUGAACAAUGGUGUGCAAGCCCUUAUAUAGACUUUUGAAAUUGCCCAUCCUGUAGCCUAACACCCCCCCAAAAAAAAAUCAUACAUACAUCACAGAAGGAUAUCUGAUAACGGUCACUGAUUGCAUUACCUGGGCUGUCUGGCCAUUCUUUUGUGAUGGUAAUACUUUAGUUUCUGAAUCCAGGUCACAGGCUCACCCUAUUCAUAUACAAAUACGCCCUUAAGACAGGAUUUGCAAGCAAAAAGGCAAUGGGAAGGCUUUCCCCAUUUGCCUUCCUUACUGCAGAGGAAUAUUUGAGGUCAAUGGGAGAGUCAAAAUGGCUUCAGGAUUGCUCUCCCAUACUAUUUCAGACACAUAGUUCAUAUAUUUAGAUAUGUAUGCAUUUAUGAAUAUUUAGUCUAUAUUUUAGACCUUAAAAUUAUUAUAACAGUUCUAUGAUUUUAUGACUCCAUGGACCUUUUCUUAUUUUCCAGUAGGGUUUUUCUUAUAUUCUUACGUUCAGUUUCCUUUUCUAGUUCUUACCUUUGGAGCUUCUUUUUUCCCCUCUUCAGUGUUUUUCCAUCAGUAUUUAUAGAAAGAUCCACUGCUGUCUCAGUCCAAGGUGGCAGAAGUAUGAUGUAAUGUGCUAAUAAAGAGCCAAACUUGACCCAAGGGCAGCCAUAUUUGUUUAAUCACCUAUCUGCCCCAUUCACUUAUAAAGCAGGGUAUAUGGGGUCUAAAAUCUAUAUAUUAUUUUGCCUGUGGGGCUAUCAACCGUUUCAGAAGAGGAAUUAGGGUAGGAAUGGUGGUCGAGUCUGAGUUUCAGAAAACUACAAGGGGAAAGGUUUAAACCAGGAAUGAGGGACAAUGGCCCUCCAGAUGUUGUUGGACUGUAAUUCCCAUCAGCCCCAGUUAACAUGGCAGUUGGUCAAAGAUGAUCGGAAUUGUAGUCCAAUAACAUUUGGAGGGCCACAGGUUCCCAAUUCCUGGUUUAAACACACACACACACAUAUAUACACACACACCCCUUCUCUAGUGCCCGAGCUAAUUUGUGGCACCCAUAGCUUCACUUGGGUAAAAAGAAAACUCAGAUAACCAGAUCAUCAAUCUUAUUUUAUAAAGCCGUCGUCAUUAUUGUAUAGUUGUAUAACACUUUUUAGCCCAAAGGCCAGUUGCCUUUUCAUUAAACCAAUUCCAACAUUUUUGAAUUUUGAAACACCUGAUAAUUUUGUUUAAAAACCCUUAUUUGUUGAUACUUGUUCAUAAAUAUACAAAAUUCAUACCCACUGCAAAGUAUCUUUUUAUAAUAUACUAAGAUGAAACAGCUACCUAGAAAAGACCAAAGUCCGAAAGAAAAUAAGACGAGAAAAGGAGAGACCUAAAGAAAGAGAAAGUGAGAGAGAAGGGAAAGAAAUGAAAAAAACCAGCAAAUAUUCAAUCUUUGGCACCACUUGUAGCUGAGCCAACAGAAUCGACAGAGACCUACCUAAAAUGUGGGCAUUCUUCUGGGGCUAGUGGGUGGGAAUAUCAGGGCAGUAUGGAUCCUUCCCCAGGCCUUGUUACACUGCUCCAUCCUGCCCUCUUUACCUUCCCAGUACAGGAUCCUGGAGAGAAUGCGGAGCCUGGGGAUGUUGACAGUGCUGCCUGCCUUCUCAGGAUACGUUCCUCGCGGCAUCUUAAGGUAAAGGUUGUCGGUCAUGCUUCACAAGCAGGAAUGGAAUGCAGGCGGCAAAGGGACCUAGGAAACCACAUUACAGUGGUACCUCGGGUUACAGACGCUUCAGGUUACAGACGCUUCAGGUUACAGACUCCGCUAACCCAGAAGUAGUACCUCGGGUUAAGAACUUUGCUUCAGGAUGAGAACAGAAAUCGCACGGCAGCAGGAGGCCCCAUUAGCUAAAGUGAUACCUCAGGUUAAGAACAGUUUCAGGUUAAAAACGGACCUCCAGAAUGAAUUAAGUUCUUAACCCGAGGUACCACUUCACCACACCGCCACGCGAUUUCUGUUCUCAUCUGAAGCAAAGUUCUUAACCCGAGGUACUAUUUCUGGGUUAGUGGAGUCUGUAACCUGAAGUGUCUGUAACCUGAGGUACCACUGUAUACCAAAUCAAACCAUUAUCCAGCUGCAGGGACACACAGGCCACAUGAGGCCCUCCAGCCCCCCCCAGUUUCACCCACCAGGAUGUUUCUCCUGGGCCUUGCCCACCUGACACUCUGAAUCCAAAGCGUGGCCUCUCUCCAGUGGUGGGGGAAGGGAGGGUGCAGUGGGGGCGGCUCAGCCCGGGUGUCACCACUGAGGGGGGUGACAAAAUGCCGGGCGGUACUCACUGCGGGGCCUGCACCGCGCCUUAGCCACACGUCUCUCCUGGGAGUGAUGUGGUGACUUGGGCGCCCACAGGCUCCACGCUGCCCCAAACAGUCUGCCCGCUGCCUCCCCUCCCCCCCCAGCUGUAGGGCGGCUGAGUGGGAGGAGGCAGGCAGACGCCUCGGAGGCCCCACAGAGUGUCCUGCCCCAGCUGGCCCCACCCCGCGGGUAGCUGGCCACGCCCCUGGGCACAGGGCACGCGCGCCGCCCCAGGCGCCCGACCGGCUUGCACCGCCACUGCCUCUUCCAUGGGAAGUGGAAGAGGCUGUGGCCCAGAGACAUUUCAAAGGCCACUGAGCCUGUGGAAGUGUGUACAGUGGUACCUCGGGUUAAGAACUUAAUUCGUUCUGGAGGUCCGUUCUUAACCUGAAACUGUUCUUAACCUGAGGUACCACUUUAGCUAAUGGGGCCUCCCACUGCUGCUGCACGAUUUCUGUUCUCAUCCUGAGAUAAAGUUCUUAACCUGAGGUACUAUUUCUGGGUUAGCGGACUCUGUAACCUGAAGCGUCUGUAAACCGAGUUACCACUGUAUUGCUCCUCACUUCUGCAGCCAGUUCUCUCAUAUCCAUGAUCAGAACACAUGGAGGCUAUGGCUGAUUGCAAAAUCAUUAUGAAAGAGAUGGAGGAGUGUUUUCAGUUGUGGUGGGUGGGUAGAGGGAAGAAAGUUGGGACACAGGAAGCCUCUUUACACAGAUUCAGGCCGUUGAUCCAUUGAGCUGAUCGGCAGCAGCUCUCCACAAUUUCAGACAUGGGACAUUCCCAGCCUUGCAGCAGAACCUCAGUUUUCGAACUUAAUCCGUUCCAGAAGACCAUUUGGCUUCCAAAAAGUUCGAAAACCUAGGAUCAAUGGGCUAGUGGCAAAGUCAGGGGGGGGGGGAAUGAAAAACGCAGCUUGGAAGCCGUUCGAAAAUUGUUCGAAAACGGAAGCAUUCACUUCCGGGUUGUCGGCAUUUGGGUUCUGAAUCGUUCGGCUUCCAAAGCGUUUGACAACCGAGGCUCCACUGUAUUGGGAGGUGCUGGGAACUUCUACAUGCAAAGCAGAGGCUCUGCCGUUCAGCUACAGCCCUUCCCAAAUACAGCAGUGAUUUUGGCACAGCUCUUUCCUCCCUUCCCAUCUUUUUUAAUGUGUGAUGCUUUACUGCGUUUGAUGUUUUGAUUUGCUGAUAGCCGCCCAGGGGGCUGGGGCAACCCUGGCAGAUAGGCAGCAUAUAAUUUUGUUAUCAUUAUCAUCACCAUUUAUUUCCCCCUCAAAGCAGAGAGAGCUAUUGCGUUCCACUUUGGAUGUCAGUGGACUCCAACUCCCAGCAUGCUCAUUGAUCAGGGAUGAUGGGAGUUGUAGUCCAGCCGUGUUGGAAAGGCACCCCGAUGUUGGCUACCCCUGCUUUAGAGUUUCUUCUUUUAGUCUUGCCUCUGAGCUCUCUGGCAGAAACUGUUUAGCUGUACAGCGUUUAGCGCACAAUCAAAUGUGAAACAGCAGUUGGGGCCACAAUUCCUUCCUGGAUUUCUUUCCCGUGCUUUCAGGGUUUUCCCCCGGGCCAACGCCACACGAAUGGGGAGCUGGAGUCACUUUGACUGCACCUACUCCUGCUCCUACCUCCUGUCGCCCGAAGACCCCAUGUUCCAGGUCAUCGGGACCCUCUUCCUGAAAGAACUGACCAGGCAGUUUGGUACGGAUCACUUGUACAGCGCUGACACCUUCAACGAGAUGCGCCCGCUCUCAUCGGAUCCCGCCUACCUGUCCCAGGUCAGCGCAGCUGUCUUCCGCUCCAUGACGGGAGGUAGGAUGUGAUGGGUUCUCUUGGUUCCCCUCCGUACAUACACAAGUUUCUCCUCCAGUCGCCUCGUCUUUUAUGACAUUUAUAUACUAUGCUUAUCUUCCACGGAGCUCAGGGUGGGUGAUGUACGUGGUUCUCCUCCUCCCCUUUUCAUCCUCACACCAACCCUGUGAGGUAGGUUAGGCUAAGGGUGACUUGCCUAAAGUCACCCAGAGAGCUUCAUGGCUGAGUGGAGAUUCGAACCCUGGUCUCCCAUGUCCAACACUCUAACUGUGACUCACUUUAGCCCACAUUUGGGUAGCUGCAUAACCUGGAGGGGGCAUCGUAGGUUGAAGGAUCCCUUCUCUCUUGCAGAGAAUUUCACAUUGUGGCUAAGCCUCAAGUAUAUGGCUUCAAAUUCAAAAAUCUAUUAUUAUUUUUAACAUGCUAUUUUUAAAAACUCGGGAACUGCAUCGUUCCAAACUCCACGUUUGUGCCAUCCACUGUUGAUACCAUCCUGAUCAUACCAUGGCUAGGUUAUCUCCCAUUUUUUAUGCUUAGGAAAAAGAUGUUGGCUGCAUUUAUUUGUUUUCUUAAUAACCACAUUCAUAUAUCAUCCUUCUUUCAAGUUGCUCGGAGCGGCAUGCCUAGCAUUUUCCUGUUACUCUGCUGUAUAUCCUUCUAACAACCCUCUGAAGUAGACUAGGCUGAGAGAAGGUAACUUACCACUGGCCACCAAAUUUCAUGGCUUGAGCCCUGGUCUUCUCAGCCAAGCCCUUCUACGGCAGCAUUGUAGCCUCUCAGAUUAUGUUUAUGGGAUGUGUUAGAUAAGGCAUAGCUUUCCACUGCAGGAUUACUGUCUCCUAGACAUUGUUGUUCUGCAGAGAAUUUGGCACCAAAGAGCUAGCCAUGUUUUGCAGACAUUUUGCAGCUGGAAGUCAGGAUGGUGACCUAUAUAAUGUUAAUUGAAAUCGAUGUCCUCAAUGAAUGAAUGAGGUUCCAUAAGCAGAAGUAACUGCCAGCACCUCUGCCGUGCGCUAACUGGCAAUGUCUUCCUCCACAGCUGACCCCCGUGCCAUAUGGCUGAUGCAAGGCUGGCUUUUCCAACACCAGCCUGACUUCUGGCAGCCAGCCCAAGUCCGCGCCCUCCUCCAGGGCGUGCCUCUUGGCAGGAUGGUGGUGCUGGACCUCUUUGCCGAAUCCAAGCCCGUCUACCCCUGGACAGAGUCCUUCUACGGGCAGCCGUUUAUCUGGUGCAUGCUGCACAACUUCGGUGGCAACCACGGCCUUUUCGGCACGGCGGAGAGCAUCAACCGGGGCCCCUUUGCCGCCCGGGGCUUCCCCAACUCUACCAUGGUGGGCGUCGGCCUGACCCCCGAAGGCAUCGAGCAGAACGACGUGAUGUACGAGCUCAUGACCGACCUGGGCUGGCGCAAGGAGCCCCUGGACCUCCGGCAGUGGGUGUCCAAUUACGCCACGCAGCGCUACGGAGCCAGCAACGCCCAGGCGGCUGCGGCGUGGCAGCUGCUUCUCCAGAGCGCCUACAAUUGCUCAGGGCCGUACACCAACCACAACCGCAGCCCGCUGGUGCACCGCCCUUCCUUCCGGAUGACCACAGAGCUCUGGUACAACGAGAGCAACGUCUACGAGGCCUGGCGGCUGCUGCAAAGCUCCGUCGACGUGCUCGGCGCCAGCAGCACCUUCUGCUACGACCUGGUUGACGUGACCCGCCAGGCCAUGCAGCAGCUGGUGAGCCGGUAUUACUUGGAAAUCAAGCAGGCUUUCCAGAGCCGCAUGCUCUCCCGUCUGCUGACGGCGGGCGGCAUUCUGGUCUACGACCUCCUGCCAGAGCUGGACAGCCUCCUGUCGAGCGACAAGCGGUUUCUGCUCGGGCGGUGGCUGGAAGCCGCCCGCUUGUCGGCCACCAGCGACCAGGAGGCGGUCCUCUACGACCUGAACGCACGCAACCAGCUGACGCUCUGGGGGCCCAACGGCAACAUCUUGGACUACGCCAACAAGCAGUUCGGAGGGCUGGUGUUGGACUAUUAUGGGGUGCGCUGGAGCCUGUUUGUGUCCACCCUGGUGGAGUGCCUCAACACCGGGACCCCUUUCCACCAGAGCCACUUCAACCAAGCCGUCUUCCAAGUGGAGAGGGGCUUCAUCUACAACGGGAAGCGGUACCCAACCAAGGCCAUGGGCAACACGCUGGACAUUGCCAGGAAGAUAUUUCUCAAGUAUUACCCUUCCGCAGUGCAGCACAACUGCUCAAGGGCUGCAUGAGAAGAGACUCGCUAUUGGCAGGCCCCCGUCUCUGCUUGCCGUCAGUCCCAGCCACUGCACUCGUCCUGUGUUGGGUGUUCUGAGCCAGAUCUGACUACUGGACAGCUUCUUCUUAAAUGCACAUUUUCCCAGUGUUCAAGUGGCACAGGAGCUGGUGGUGGUGGGAAUGGGAAUGACUUCUGGUCAGAAAGAGAGGUGACAGAGUUUAUAAAGCCUGUCUGGAAGCCUUUAACCCUGUCUCCAGAUGGGUGCAGAGGCUAGUUGUGGUUGAGGGAUCAUUGUCAGGGACUCAGCACAUGGUUCUUGGGGGCACUUCUCCUUGUUUUUCACGUGUUCCAGAGCUGGCUCAAAUUGAGCUCUAAAAAGGUUAGCGGUGUGGUGGAGAUGGACUCUGCUGCCUUAAUACGGAGACGGAAGUGCGCAGUCACGAGGCUUUGCAACGCAGCUCCCUGCCAAAAGACCACCCGCAUCGCAGCCCUCUUCCCUCCACACAGGCAAGGGGUGGCUAACCUGUGGCUUGUAGGCCCCUCAGGGUUUUUUUGUGUAGCCUCUGCAACUCCAACAUUUAUCAUUUUAAAGAUAAUAAUUUCAUUUAAAAAUGAGAAGGGGGGGGCUUUCCAAGGCUCCCCAUUUUAAAAAAAAAAAAAACAAGAAACCUUUAAAAUAAUUAUUAUAUUCUUUUUUACUAACUGCUCUCAUAGGUAUUCCAAAGUGAUAGUCUGAUGACAAAAUGUUUUAAGGCCCCUCCGAGGUCCCCUGCCCCAAUUUUUCUUAUUAUUCCCCCCCCCAAAGAGAAUAAUUAAGUACUCUAUUUUAAUAUGGGUCCCCUGCUGCUGUGACUCUGUGGUGCCAAAAAGGGCUUUGUGGCCCCAUUAAGACUUCCUAAUGGGUCCAUUAAAGAUAAUAAUCAAAUAUCAAAAACUGGUUGCACCCACCUUGACAUGAGGCCCCUGAAGUGGUUAGCCACCCCUGCUGGAUUGUAUUCAGCUGUGGUCCGUGUUUUCUCCUGCUCACCCCCAAGCAGAAGCGCUAGAAGAGUUUGGAUUUGAUACCCCGCUUUAUCACUACCCUAAGGAGUCUCAAAGCGGCUAACAUUCUCCUUUCCCUUCCUCCCCCACAACAAACAGUCUGUGAGGUGAGUGGGGCUGAGAGACUUCAGAGAAGUGUGACUGGCCCAAGGUCACCCAGCAGCUGCAUGUGGAGGAGCGGGGAAUCGAACCCAGUUCACCAGAUUACGAGUCCACUGUUCUUAACCACUACACCACCUGCAGAAGAGAUUGCUGCAGCUGCCUUCCGCAAGCAAGCAUUUGAAGCAUUGAUGAGACCAGAUGAAGUGACAGGGAACCUGGUAGCCCUCCAGACAUAGUUGGGACUCCCAACUCCCAGCACCCCUGACUAUUCCUGAAGAGCCACAGGUUCCUCGCAAUUGGACUAGAGGAUCGUUAGGGAUCUUCCCACCAAAAAAGCUAGGCUUUGGCUGCAUUCAGACAGCACCGUUUAGUCCAUUUUCCUGUUUAGUCCAAUUUCCGCGUUUCCAAGGGAUAAUCUCAUAAGAGGCAAAAGACACUUGUGGAAAUACAUUGUGGCCUCGUGGCAAUUUAGUGCUCAUUUCCAUUGUUAAUUGUUUCCAGGAAAAUUCUGGCUUGCAGCCCCAUUAACCAGGAGACUUGUGGGAGUGUGUUGUGUUGCAAUUUCAGGUGAAGGAAUUUGGGGCGGCAUCUUUAGCAUACAGGUCUUUCCUGUUGUUUGAAAUUUAGGUUGGCAUGGCAGCACUAUCUAUCGAUCGAAGAGCCGCAGCAGAUGGUAUUGGUGUAUAAAAGGAACAUUAGAAAUCCCUAGUAAACAGAAGCCCUAGUAAAAUUAAUGCAAUAAACCCCACCUCAAAGUGCAGCCAUAGUUUCUCACCCUUCCCAUAGGGAUAAAUACUGAAACAGGAAGGCGCUACACUGAUUGCAGUUUGGUUUAGCCUUUUGAAUUUAUUAGGUGCCUUUUUCUACAUAUAAAAAAGACACAAGGCAUCUUUGACAACAAAUCCAUUGCUCAUUGGGGUUCAUUUAACAGCCCAAACCAGGUGAUUGGGCGCCUUCUUCCAGAAACGCUUGGGUAGGGAUAGAAAAGGUUGAUUUAUCCUUGGGAAAAGGGAACAGGCCUCAUCAGCAACAUUGUCAUUUUGGAAUUAUGGGGAUGUGGUGAGCAUGAAGUCAGGUUUGAGGAAUAGCAUUGAAGGGUUGCCUUGCUUCUUCCUCAGAAACUUACGGGUUGUAGGGUUAGAAAGCCCAGGUGGCAAUGAAAGAGGGAAGGUGAGCUCCUUCUGGUAAGCUAUGUAGGAGGAAGGCCAAGCCAGCCAGGGCAGAUUUUCCAAGGAGUAUUCACCCCUUCGGGGUUCUUUGCCUCCUGUAGUAACGCAGUGAAAAUGUAGGGCCAACAACAAACACAUAUUUUCCUGCAUUACAUUUAUACCCCAACAUGGAAGCCGAGGCGGCCAUAUAUGUGGCUCCCACAUGGUCUCCCUUCCAGGCACCAACCAGACCCAGACCUGCUUAGCUUCAGCAAGGUGGUAGCCUCACGUGCCUUAAGACCAGUGCUACUUUUCUAGAAAAAGAGGUACCGGAACUCACCCUGAACACCUCCCUUGUUCUCUUAGAAUGGCAAUGGCGCCCACCUGAGAGGUGCCACCUGAGUUCUGCCUGGAAAAAGCCCUGCUUCAGACCAUUGCCUUUUCCCUCGGGAGAGUUCCCUUCCUCCGCCUGUCUUAACUUUGCUCAGUGCCUUUACUGUCCCUGAGUGACUCAGGGGUAAGUUUACAUGCGUAUGUGUAUAUAUAUUUUGUUCACAAAGAUGUCUGAUCUCCGAAUAAUUAUUUCUGGUUUAAUACCUGUAUAAAAACGUGCCCCCUUGUGCCAAAAGAGAGGCCGUCAUGAGGGGUCGGUGUAUUUUAUUACGCUUUAUUAAAAAGACAACCUGAGUUCCGGAUAAAUCGUGCUGAUUAGCUGUUUUGGGGUUUGGGG